UUCGUAAGAAAAUUGAAUUGAAGUACGAGGUCCAAAUUACAUUCAUAUGGUUAUUUAUACAUGGAACAUUAAUUAGGUGCAUGCAUAAGUUGGAAGAUGGCACAAUUAGUUGAAGUGCGAGAUGAGGUUGGGAAUCCUGUGCAACUCACAGAUGAAUAUGGAAACCCAGUUUGGCUAACCGACGAAAAGGGCAACCCAGUGUACCUCACGGCUGUGGCAAUCAAACCACGACACCUUCCUCAGUCCAACACUUCAAUCACAACCUCGUCUGAGGAUGAGGAGGAAGUGGAGAGGAACAUGCAGGAACUCGAUGAUAAAAUAAUAAAAGAGAAGCUUCAAGGAGAAGGAGAAGGUGAAGGAGAAGGAGAAGGAGAAGGAGAAAGAGAAAGAGAAAGAGAAAGAGAAGAAGAAAAUAAAUUAAUAAAAGAGAAGCUUCAAGGAAAAGGAGAAGAAGAAAAAGAAGGAAAAGAAAAGGAGGAGGAAUUUUCAUACACUACGACAGAUACUACUACCACCACAGAUACUGCUGCUGAUCACCACCCAACCACAACCAUAGCCACUGAGCAUGAGAAGAGGAAGAAUACCAUAGACAAGAUUAAAGAAAUAUUACUUAAUAUAACUUUUAAUUUUGAGUUUAAUAUUGACCUUCCAAAACUAUGAUCGUUUUUUAUCUUAGAUUGUGAUUUUGAACAUUUUUUUAUCGAUUAAAUACGUAAAGUUUGUACACUUUUUUUUACUUAUAUGAAAACUAUGAAACUCAAUUGAUGUCCAAACCAAAAUAAAAGAUCAUGAAUAUGGCUGAAAUUGUUUGAAAAAUAAAUCCCAUAAAUAAUCAAAAUAAUUUUAAGAUUUAAUAUUAAAUUCUUUUUUGGUUACUUAUUAUGGGAUUUGUUUUUAUGUAAUUUUUAUAAUGUGUGAUUCUUUUUAGUUUGGACAUUAAUUAGAUUCUAUAGUUUUUUGUGUAAGUAAAUAUAGUGAAACAAGUUUUACGUUUUCUCUUAGUUAUAAAAGAGUUCAAAAUCAUGUUCUAAAGUUAAAAACGACCAGUGUUUUCACAAUAAAAUAAACAACAAAAUAUACUUUCAUCGUUAUAAAUAAUAAGAAAUAGUUGUGGCUAAUCUUCAAUAUAUCGAUGUAGAUGAGACAAGAAGUUGUGUAUGAAGAAAUGAAGAUAUAUAGCCACGUGGGAAUAAUUGAAAGUUAUCUUUAUUAACUUUUAUGUGAAGUAUUUCUUAUGAUUGAUAAUAUUGUCGUGUUAUUAUUAUUGUUGUUA